AUGCGAAGGAGAUUGGUCCAACGUGCGUCAGGCAACGUUCUCGAAGUCGCCGUGGGAAGCGGACGAAACUUCUCGUACUACAAUGCUGGGAAGGUGACGAGCCUUACAGCAAUCGACUUCAGCCGAGAGAUGCUGGAGGUUGCCGGAGAGAAGAGGAAGGAAUUGGAGCCAAUCCCUCUCCGACUGAAGCUGGCGAGCACGCAUCAGAUGGACUUCAAGGACGGUUCUUUCGAUACCGUCGUGGACACCUUUGGCAUUUGCUCCUUCGAGCAGCCUGUCCAGGCAUUGCAAGAGAUGCGCCGGGUUGUCAAAGACGACGGCCAGGUCCUGCUCUUAGAGCACGGUGCAUCCCAACAUCGGAAGCGGGGAAUGUUUCGGCAAAAGCCCGCAGGGGAGGCUUGUGCUAGAUGCCUCCCCGGCCUUCUGCGGCGACAAAGCUCUGCGUGGACGUGGGGACCACCUCCCGAGCUUGCACCGGACGAGCUGCAGGACGCCCUGCAGUCGAUCACCUUGCGUGCAGCUGCUUUGCUGUGUCGGGACCGCUUGGAUGUGGGCAGCUUUGCUCCCGAUGUCCAGAAGUUUAGCAUUUUGGAUUCGUUGCCUCCUCGGAUCAAGCGGGAGGUCUUGCGCUUGGCCUCAGCAGAGAUGACUGCAGAGCGCGCAAUGGGAGCCAUGGUUGGCAUGGCCGUGGCGGACUCUAUCGGUGCCUUUCUGGAGUUCCUGCCUGUUGGAAAGAAGGGCUCACGCUUCAAUCCCAAGACACUGCAGGUGGAGGGGAGCUUCAACAAGUUCAAGCUGAAGCCUGGCCAGUGGACAGACGACACCUCCAUGGGGCUCUGCUUGGCGGAUUCGCUCCUGGUGUGCCGAGGAUACGACGGGGCCGACAUUCGUGUGCGCUUCUGGAACUGGUGGCACCGUGGCUACAACAAUGCAUUUCGUCGAGACCCGGAGCGCAGAAACUCUGUGGGCCUUGGGGGCAACGUGGCAGUUUCGCUCAAGGACGUGAUGGACUCCAGCCCGUCGCCGCGCUUCGAAUCAAACCGAGAGGAUGCUGGAAACGGCUCCAUAAUGCGCCUCGCGCCAGUGCCAAUCUUUUUCAGUGCCGACCCAGAGAAGGCUGCAGAGAUGAGUGAAGAGUCCUCUCGAACAACGCACCCUGGGGCAGUAGCUGCGGCUGCUUGCCACUUCCUGGGGUUCUUUCUCGCGCGAGCCAUCAACAGAGACCGUGCAGCCACCGAGACAGCAGCAGCGUUCCUGGAUGAUACAGUAGAGGACUACUUGCGCUGGGACUGGCCUUCGGCACCGCACGCAAAGCUCGUCCGCCUGCUUCACUCGGCAGAGCCGGAGGGUAGCCGAGAGCGAUGCUGGAACUGGCGAGAUGCUGCGGGUCCUUUUCUCAAGGAGACUCUCGAGGCGAGAGGCUCCAGCUACAACGGUUACCCGGUGAGCCCAAAUUACGUCGGUGCCUACAGCUUGGAUGGUCUGGCCAUAGCAAUGCACAGUUUCUAUCACACCGCCUCCUUUAUGGAGGCACUAACACGAUGUGUGAAUUUCUUGGGCGACGCAGACUCGACAGGUGCUAUUUGCGGCCAGAUGGCGGGGGCGUUCUACGGUCUUUCCGCCAUUGAUGCACGACUUGUUAGUCGCUUGCGACGGUGGGAUUGCGACGAGGUCGCCCUGCGUGGUGCUUUGCUUCAUGUCCUCGGCGCUUCUUGCCAAGGCUUGUCGUUGCCGUCACCGUGCAAGCCGGUAACGGUCAUGCAAGUUCUCCUGACGACCUCGAAGUCUUCAGUCACAACGGAGUCAACCAAAACGGAUUCAGCCAGCACUGAGGAGGCUCAAAGCCCACCGAUUCCCAAGAUCGAGUCCUUCGAUGACAAACUUGCUUGCAACAGUGCGGGCUUCUGCCUGCUCCAGGAGACCUGCACGAGCCAACUGUAA